AGAGAAACGGCCCUGCCCCUUUGUCCAGAAGCCUGGUCGAGACGGUCUCAAAGGGACCGGGCACAAUUAGUCGUCCAACUCACCUCAUCUUAGUGUGACAUCAGAUUAUGCCUGACAGAAGGGGCUCGUCUCCACCCGUGGACAAGCGCAUCAUGAGAUCCCCUUAUCUGUACGGAUCCGUACAGCUGUUGUAAAUUCCUAAGUACCCAACUACACCUGCGUGGUUUUCAUUGCUAAUAGGUAUUGAACUAAGUCGCCACGAUGUACAGUCAUACAACUCAAAUGUACUAGUAAUCUACAGAGGUACAACUGCCAGGAAGAUUGCGUCAUUGAUUUGCUGCGGCAUUUGCGGUCAACCACGAAGAUGUGCUUGUUGAGUACUGUGAGAUUGUCGUUACUCAAGUCGACAAACGCCAAUGAAUCGCUAAACGCGGCGUCCUCGGGUAUCCGUUUCCUGAGGGGGCAGAGCUCGGUUUGUUGGAGAGGUGCCAGCUCAACGUCCCAUCGACUUGGAGAUGAAAAAGGCGGUCGAUUCAGGGACGAGUGGGGCUCACCAUCCUUCGUACACCAAGAUGGCAAGCAGUCGAGAACGCAGAUGGCUGCGAUGGCUGCUGGUGUCAUUCAACAAGUGAUCGUAUCAUCUGGAGGUUGGUCCACGCGUGGAACGAAUGCUCCCCAACCUCGACGCCUCGACUCAGACAGUGCCCUGCCAACCCCACCCCAUCGUGCCCCGCCAUCUUCGCUUCAUCAAGCGCUCCGUAUCGCUAUCCGUGUGGAUGGAAUCAUUACCUUACUGGUGUCUAAAUUCCCUACGUGAUCUUGACCGCUCAGAGAGGCCUUUACGGGUACGGGUUGCGAGUCGCAGUCCGUCUCUCGCGACAAUACCGUCAUAAUGCAGCUACAUCCGUAAUCGAC